AUUUCUUCGUAUUUCCAGAUACAAACCGUCGAUUCCACAAGCAGAAGCGAGUCAAGUUUGGUCGGUUAGUGAAUGAAAGCGGCGCCGGGUACCUGACGCGGCCGUCGCUCCAUCACACCCACACGAACCUCUGCUCAAAGGAGGGGGAGAAGGAGGAGGCGGAGGACUUCGGUGAUUGGGGCGCGGCUGGAGGAGGCCCUACAGGGAAGGACUUCACGGAAGAGGAUCUGGUUUCCUUUUCCUCUCCCUUCCUCCGGGAUUUUCGCCCUUCCGAUUCCACUUCUGUGUCGGGAAGCACUCGCUCGCCCACUUCCCGCGUCCUGUACUCCUCCGGCCCGACGUCCUAACAGGACCCCCCUAACACACCAAGGUGCUUCGGGCGGCGUUGAGGGGUGCGCUGAAGACGGCGCCCCCAGAGAUGGACGUGUGUGACCUGGAAGGACCCUGGGGUCCCCAUCACCACAUCGCGUCCUUCACCUGCGAGAAGGACGGCCUCGACCACAAGAGAAAGGGAAGCAAAGGAGACUUCGUCCCGAUGCCCGACAAGACUCACGCGGCGCAGCAGCUCCACGCCCUCCUGCCGACCAGACCCGACGUCGCCUUCCUCCGCACAGACCAGUCCUUCCUCCUCCGCUUCCUGAGAGCGAGAAAGUUCCGUGUGGGCGACGCCUUUCUGCUCCUCUGCCGCUACUUCGAGUACCGUCAGCGCCACCGGGAGUUGUUCCGUGGCCUGAACGUGGGCGGGGGCGGCGAGGGCGGCGGGGUAGGCGGGGGCGGCACCACCGGGAUCCAGGCGGCGCUGUUGGACGGUCUCCCGGGCGUGUUGGCGGAGCGGGACCCCUGCGGCAGGCCCGUCAUCGUGCUCCUGGCCAGCAACUGGGACCAUUCCAGAUAUGACGUGCGCGUGGUGUACCAGGCGGUGCUCCUCACCCUCGAGCGCCUGGUGGAGGACGAGUCCGUGCAGGCGAACGGCGUCGUGGCCAUUCUGGACUGGUCGAACUUCCCCGCCCGGCUCACCACCAGCCUCUCGCCCAAACUCCUGCGGCUCAUGCUGGACGGCCUGCAGGAUGCCUUCCCUCUGCGCUUGGGAGCAAUUCAUCUAGUCAAUCAGCCCUGGUACGUGGAAGCAGCGUUGGGGCUCGCCAGGCCGUUCCUCAAGGAGAAACUUCGAUCUAGAAUCCACGUCCAUGGAAACAACCUUGCGACGCUGCACGCUCAGGUUCCUCCCAGACUCCUUCCGGCAGAGCUUGGGGGCGAGGGCGCGGAGUACCACCCCCACACAUGGGCCUCCACCAUGCUGAACCGCACGCCGAGCCAGCAGGAGCAGCAACAACCACCCCAGCAUGAACAAGAGCAAGAACAACAGCCGAAGGAACAGCACCAGGAGCAAGCCAACACGUGUGCGCGCAGCCCAGACAGCAACGGCUACAACGGUUUUAACGGUCCUGCAAAGAAAACGCAGGAAUCGCCGCGCUCUUUCGCGAAGGAGAGCCUCAGCCUGAGCACCUCGUGUGACCUGUCCUCGGAAAACACCUCGGCUUCCCCGCCCUCGCCCGACACGCCCUUAGUCAACAAGCCCGAAACUAAUAGCACUAUCGCUGCUAGCUUUACGGCCAUGAUCUUCGGGAAGAGCGACUCGGAUAGCAAGUCCAAUGGGAAUAUCAGCGACGGGGAAGAGAUGGCGCUGAAGGCCCAUUAGGAGUUCUCUCUUCUGGUUUAGUUCAUCGCUCGUUCGUGUGUUGAGAGCGCGAACUUGGAAUUUUCAUCAAGGCAAAAAAUGUAGGCUGCUCUGUGUCUGUAUUUCAGUGUCAUGUUAGAUUCUUGUGCUUUUUAAAUUUUGAGUUUUGUUGUACUCUAAGCAUGGUAUUUUUUAUUCAUAUCAUUUCUGCUAAUUCCAUAAUGCAAAAAAAAAAAAAUAGGAUCUCAAUCAAAAUCAGUGUAAAAACAAUCAAAUCAAAAGACAGAGUUUAAAAUCUUUAUGGCUCCUGGCAGGUCAUAAUGAAACAGCCUCGUUUUUUUCAAAAUGAUUAAACCUUGAUGAUGUUUGAUUUUCGUAUUAUCUCUAUAAUCAAGACAAUAUAAUAUAGUAUUUCAGUGCUGACAUGUUUUUUCAAAAUAUAUUUUUCAAAAUAACCUUAUAUGUAUGUAUUAUUUACUGUAUUUGGCGGCCACAUUUUCCAUGACAGUUUUAUCGGUAUUUUCAAUUUACGAUUUUAUUAUUUAUUUUUAUCAUGAUUAUUGUUAUUAACAUUCUUUUUGAUUUCUUAUUAUUUAUCUAUUUAUUGAUUAUUUAUUAUUUAUUUAGGUGUGCGAUGACUAUUUUUUUCUUAUAAUAAUCCAAGACCGCCACAGAGAACAGUAACGUUGCUCACCGUGUCAUGACUGAUCAGUGUCAUAACAUCUUUACCAAAGUGUCUAGUUGCUUAUUUUUUUUUUUUUUUUUUUUUUUUUUUUUUUUUUUUGAAGAGUCUGAGUUCUAGAUUUUUCCUAAGUCUGUUUUGAUAUUAACUUUAUGUUCAGGUGAUCGUUAAUUUUGUAAGGGAAUUUUUUUAAUUGCCUUUUUAUAUAUCGAGUUUAUUUAAGACGCUCUCCCAAAAUUCAGGCCUAUGACUAGUCAAGUAUCAUAUAUAAAACGGAAAUGUUUGUGCUUAAUGAUGUAAUAUGAGAAUUUGAGUUUUUUUUUUUUUUUUCAAUUUUAUUUUAUUAUAUAAUUCAAGUAAAUGCUUCCACAUGAGUUUGUAUAAUGUGUAUAGGUGUCUGGCAAUGUGUAUAGAAAUCUUGCAUUGCGUGCUAAAUGUUUCAACGCACAAAUCUAAUGAAGAUUGUCAUAUAUACAGUGUGGGUGUUUAUAUAUGUGUAAGUAAACACCUGCAUCCACGUUAUAUAUGCAGACAAACAUAAAGUAAUCGUGUAUAUGUCUCUAUUUUGAUGUAACACUGAACUCGCGUAUAUGAUACAUCAUGGUCAUCAUAUACUCGUAUUGGUAAAACCAAGCGAGUUCGUGUUCUAUAUGCUAUUUUCAGAAAUGGAUAACUUUGUCAUAUCUAUAUUUUGUAAUCAUAUUUGGGGGGUAUUCUAUUUAUGUAGGAUUUUCAGUUUUUCAUCGUACUUGAAUAUCUGAAAGAGGAGUGUUUUUUUUCCUUACAUGAUAUGAAAACCAUACUGUUUCGGUGUAAAUAUAUUGGAUGUGAUAACGGUGUAUUAUAAAUUACUGAGCAUAUCCAUAGCUUUCACAGAGGCACAUGAUAGCUUGCAUACUGUAGACGUAACUAUUUUAUAGGCAAUAUACUUUUUUAUUUA